AUGCGUACGGGAUCCCGACAGCAUUCGAGCCUACAGUCGGCGAUCAAGGACGCUGUCCUGACAGGCUUCCUAGCUCUGGCAUAUGCUAUCAAGAGGUUUGGUCUCCCUGGUCGAGCGCAACUACUCGGCACGCCCGCAGAGGAAGAUGGAGGAGGGAAGAUUGAUCUGAUCAGUGCGGGAGCGUACAAGAGAGUGGAUCUGUCCCUGAUGAUCCAUCCUAUGUCAGAGGACGAGUUUCUUGGUCGGAAGGUCACUGGUAUAGCUGGACGCUCAUCCAUCGCGUUGUAUGAUAUAACCUGUACGUACGAAGGGGUGAGUGCUCAUGCAGGAGCCAAUCCGUGGGAGGGCGUCAAUGCUCUCGACGCGAUUGUGAUGGCGUACAAUGGUGUCUCCAUGCUGCCUCAGCAGAUCCGGCCCGAUGAGAGAAUCCAUGGGGCCAUCGUUCAGGCUCCGACUAUCACGAAUGCAAUCCCAGAGCUUACAAAGACCAAGUACACGGUGCGCAGUCCGACUAUCACAGGGACCAGGGUGCUUGGUGAACGCGUACGGCGAUGCCUGGCGGCCGGUGCAUUGGCGACGGGAUGUAAAAUCACGCUCGAGGAAAGCAGUCUCUAUGCUGGUCUUGUGGUCAACUCUUCUCUUUGUGAAGAGUUUGCGCGGAAUAGGGCCGAUGAAGGGGACCGGAUCCUGCAGACGGAUGACAUUCCGAUGACGGGGUCAACUGAUCAGGGCAACGUCUCUCGCGAAUAG